AACUACUAGGCAAAUGGAUGGUUAGGAAGCAGCACAGAAAUGAAACUGACAUGAUGUACGAGUUUCCCGCACAAUUCAUUCUUCAGGCUGGUCACGUAGUAACUAUCUGGGCGAAAAGUCUGGGUUUAAAACCAAGUCCUAGCACCCUAAUUUGGGAAUCCCAAAGGGCAUGUAGACUUGGAGAGACCCUGGGUAUUGUUCUCCUCGACGGUGAUGGGAACGAGAUUGCAGAUGGGAUGAUCACGUAUCUGGAAAGAGGAGAAGGUGAGGGAGAAGUGGAAGAUGCUGCAGAACAAACCAAACUAGGGAUUCACAGCCAGCAGAAUGAGACUCGCAGCUGUCCCAUCAUGUAGCCAGAAGUCGGUGCCUUAUUUGGAUCAGCUCGAAAAUGGGGAUGCCCAGAAUUGAAAAUUUUCUUCAGAAAUGUUUGGCUCCGCCCGGAGAGUUGAUGCUGUAACUUUCCUUUGUUCUUCUCGACCUCAAGGACAAGGUGGCUUGUGACUCCCAAUGGCCAACGAGUGAAAGACUUAACAUGCAAGGAUUAUGGCGGAUGAUACUGUCUUGAUUAACGACUCUCUUGGACUUGACUCUAUGAGCGUUAAGAGACCUUCUCUUUUUCUGGCCUGCUAUGAAACAAGCGAGAACCUCAUCUUGCUCAGUUUAGGAGGACAGUAAAUGCACUGGGUUAUUUAAUCAAGUAUCCGGUCCUUGGCGGACUGUUGCUUAUUUUGCACAAAGUGUGGCCUUUUUGCA